GGGAGGUGUCCAGGCAGGCAGGAGUAAACUGUAAGAUGGUGCAAGCCUUUGCAGGGGAAGUGUCCAGGCAGGGAGGAAUAAACUGUAAGAUGCUGCAGGGCUUUGCUGGCAAAGUCUCCAGGCAGGCAGGAGUAAACUGACUAAAAUGGCUUGGAUGAGUCUUUUGUAUGCAGUCAUACUGCCCAACAUUGGAGGAAUUGCUAAUGCAUUUGUGAUAAAAAACCAUGUUCGAGAUUGGUACGACAAGAAAAUCAAGAAGCCUUCAUGGCGACCUCCUAAUAAAGCUUUUGGACCAGUAUGGACGUUAUUGUACUGCAUGAUGGGCUAUGCAUCAUACAGAGUCUGGAUGGAGCUGGAUGAGCCAAACAUUAUGUCAUUAACAACUCUUCCCACUCCACUGAAGCUGUUCUUGCUGCAGCUAUGCUUGAACUGGAUUUGGACUCCAAUAUUCUUUGUGUAUAAACAUCUUACUCUGGCUUUGUUUGAGAUCCUGCUCCUGGAUGGUUCUGUUGCCAUGACAAUGUUUGCCUUCUGGAAGGAGGAUGCCUUGGCAGGGCUGCUGUUGAUUCCCUACCUGGCCUGGCUCACUCUGGCCACUGCUCUCACUACUGCAAUAUGGAUAUCAAAUCCAAAUUGGCGCUUUGGACCAGAUUCCAAAAAGAAAAAGUAGUCAUCCUUUUGUCAUGGAAAGAAAAUGUAAAACCUAAAUAGCUAAAAAAAUAUUGUGGUUUUCACAUUCAUAAAAAGUACAAAAUUCAUUUAAAAUAUGCAAUAAAACAAAAUUAUGUAUUUGAUCUAAGACUGAAACUUGUAGGAAACUUAUAAGAAGUGGAUUUGUGAGUCUCAGGCUUUUUGGUGUUGAAUUUUCCCCUUCAGGAUGUAUUCCAAAAACUUAAGCAAUAAUGUGUUUAUACAACUAAUCUAAGUUUAGGAGAAUUCCUCAAGAAGACUCGCUGAGAUAGUAAAAAAAACAUCAGUAAAGGUGUAUACACACACACACAGUAUAAGUGGUUAGAAAGCUACACUUAUAACAACAAAUUACUGUACAUUUUAAGGAACAUGAGGAUUUUGUGUGGAACUUAACUUUGGGAAUGAUUUCCUUCCUCCACUCUAAGCAGUUCCUUGAAGUAUUUAACCAAGCAUGAUCUUUACUUCAGCCUCUUGUCCUGAUUCACAACGUCAAAGUACAAGCCUGCCUGUGUCUGAUUCAUAAGUAAAACUGACAAAUUUUACUGAGCUUUGGCUGAGAAAUAUAUAUGUAUGCUGUGUAAUGGGAGCUUCCAAGACUGACAAUUUGCUUUAUAUUGUGUUGGGAAUGGGAUGCUUGAGCCAAAAAUAAUAGAGUUGUAUAUGACUGUCUCCAUAAGGUAUCAUUCUGGGUAAGAGAGAGAGAGAGAUGCUGGAGAGUUAACCAUGUUCAAAAUGAGCCACAUUGUAACCCAUCUACACACACACACACACACACACACACACACACACACACACACACACACACACACACACACACACACACACACACACACACACACUGUACUGCCUUGUCCACCAUGACAAUGUUCCAAGUCAAGAAAUUUGUGUCCAUCUUAUAUAAAUUUCCCAAUAAUAACUUACAACUUAUCAGACAUGUUUUUGUACUGCAGACUCCUAAAUAAUUCUGCAGCCUAGAAAAGAGAGAACUAAUCUCCUAUUCUCUCUUUUUCCUUAUGACUGUACAAUAAAUUCUUCCCAGUGUUCAGAAUGUUAAUGAAGGAUGAUCAUAGCAGAAAAAGAGGUUAAGAUAUGCUAAUAUAUAUACUUAAACAUAAGGUGACUAUUCUGUAUGAUGGUUGUGCAAGCUUAGAAUUAAAGAAGCCCUGAAAUAGUUGGGUUUAAUGUGAUAUAUUCUUUCUUACACUUAAAUUACAGCAACCUAUUGACAUGCACAUGAUCACAAAGGAAAGUUUAGAUGACAUUUAGCAAAACCUUUGUGCAGAGAGCAAUAAAGCUUGGUGAGUUAUGUGCUUAAAUUUGUUGUGAGAUGUUAUGUGUUUAAUGGGGUUUGAUAUAAAUGCUUUCUUACAUGCCUGUGCAUUUCUUUAAUAAAUAUAUAAUUUUAA